AGAGAUGAAAUGAACUUUGCACUUGCAAAUGUCACUGAAUACAUUUUGCACAGGAUUUUAAAAGGUUCUUUUACAAGCACUAUUUUUAACAGCCAAAUCCGCCCCCCCAAAACUGAAAGGAAAAAGCCCUAGGUAUUUUUCUGUGAUCGAUCUCAGUUUAUGAUCAGCUGAAGCAUCUCUCACAAUAUUUCCGAAGCUGGUUUUAUUUUAUAUCAUUGAAGCUGAGAUUUUUGGAGGUGGUGUGGAUUUUCCGGAGUUUUUUUGAAUUUUUGUUUUUUUCCUUUUUUCCUCCUGGCAUGAGAAAAUUUGAGAAUUUAAUUGCAGUAGAAUACUUGGAAACAGUGAGGCUGGAAGCUUGAAAGGCAGAGGGAAGAGAAGGAAGGCUCUCACAGCAGAGCAUGGAUAGGAAAGGAGCUGUGAUUCUGCAGUGCUCAGUGUGCACAUGUUUUAUGAGAUCAGUGCCGGGCGCUGCAGCUGCGGACAGUAACUGAGCUGUCUGGCUAAUGAAGGCCACCUGGAUCAGGCUUCUGAAAAGAGCCAAAGGAGGACGUCUGAAGAAUUCUGAUAUCUGUGGUUCGGCGGACUCCUACACCAGCCGUCCAUCUGAUUCAGAUGUAUCUCUGGAAGAAGACAGGGAAGCAGUGCGGAGAGAGGCAGAGCGACAGGCCCAGGCACAGCUGGAAAAAGCCAAGUCAAAACCAGUUGCAUUUGCAGUUCGGACAAAUGUUGGGUACAGUGCAGCUCAUGAAGAUGAUGUUCCAGUCCCAGGCAUGGCCAUCUCAUUUGAGGCUAAAGAUUUUCUUCAUGUUAAAGAAAAAUUUAAUAAUGACUGGUGGAUAGGACGAUUGGUAAAAGAAGGCUGUGAAAUAGGAUUCAUACCAAGCCCAAUCAAACUAGAAAACAUGAGGCUGCAGCAUGAACAAAAGGCAAAACAAGGAAAAUUCUACUCCAGUAAAUCAGGAGGAAACUCUUCAUCCAGUUUGGGUGACAUCGUUCCUAGUUCCAGAAAAUCGACGCCUCCAUCAUCUGCUGUAGACAUAGAUGCCACUGGCUUAGAUGCAGAAGAAAAUGAUAUUCCAGCAAACCAUCGCUCCCCCAAACCCAGUGCAAACAGUGUAACAUCACCCCACUCCAAAGAGAAAAGAAUGCCCUUCUUUAAGAAGACAGAGCACAUCCCUCCCUAUGAUGUAGUGCCUUCUAUGCGACCAGUAGUUUUAGUGGGGCCUUCUCUGAAGGGAUAUGAGGUAACAGAUAUGAUGCAAAAAGCAUUAUUUGAUUUUUUAAAACAUAGAUUCGAAGGGCGUAUAUCAAUUACACGAGUCACAGCAGACAUCUCGCUUGCCAAACGCUCAGUAUUAAACAAUCCCAGUAAGCAUGCGAUAAUAGAGCGAUCUAACACGAGAUCAAGCCUAGCUGAAGUUCAAAGUGAAAUUGAGCGGAUUUUUGAAUUAGCCAGGACACUGCAAUUGGUAGUGCUUGAUGCUGAUACCAUUAACCACCCAGCUCAACUGAGCAAAACCUCUCUGGCUCCCAUUAUAGUAUACGUAAAGAUUUCUUCUCCUAAGGUUUUACAGAGGUUGAUAAAAUCUCGAGGGAAAUCUCAGGCCAAACACCUUAAUGUUCAGAUGGUGGCAGCUGAUAAACUGGCACAGUGUCCUCCUGAAAUGUUCGAUGUAAUUCUUGACGAGAACCAGCUUGAAGAUGCUUGUGAGCACCUUGCUGACUAUCUGGAAGCCUACUGGAAGGCCACACAUCCACCUAGCAGCAAUCCUCCUAACCAGCUUCUCACUCGCACACUUGCAACAGCCACUCUUUCUAUUAGCCCAGGUCCAAAUAUUAAUUUACAGGGAUCUCAAGGAGACCAGAGGAAUGACCAUUCGGUCCCUGAGCGCGGCGGUUCCCACACUGAGGAGGAAGCACGGGUCGAGCCCAUCAAGAAAUCCCAGCACCGCUCUUCCUCCAGCCAGCACCACAACCAUCGCAGUGCUGUCAGAGGCCUUCACAGGCAAGAAACUUUUGACUCAGAAACACAAGACAGCAGAGAUUCAGCUUACAUAGAGCCAAAGGAGGACUACUCACAUGAGCACGGUGACCACUAUGAUUCUCACAGGGAUCAUAAUCACAGAGACGAGUCCCACGGGAUCAGUGAACACAGACACAGAGAAUCCCGGCACCGCUCAAAGGAGAGGGACCGCGAGCAGGACCACAACGAAUGCAACAAGCAGCGCAGCCGUCAUAAAUCAAGGGACCAAUAUUGUGACAAGGAUGGGGAAGUGAUAUCGAAAAAACGUAACGAUGCAGGAGAGUGGAACAGGGAUGUUUACAUCCGUCAGUAACUCUUGCCUCUGGCAGUCUUGUGUUUCUUUGAAGUCUUGUAACAAUGCCCCUUGAAAAUAUCUUGGGUUCUUCUUUGCAGAACAUAUGGUAUCCUUCUAUAUGCUGAUUUGUAUUGCUGUUGCUUGCAUAGCAAUAGCAUGAAAUAGAUUAUUCAUAUACUUUUAUUUUCAGUUAGUGCUAUAUGAAUUAGUGCAGUACAACUGAAGAGUUCCUGAUGUUGUACUAUGACAUUUUUCAAGCUGUUUUUGGUAGCUGCCACUUGAACAAUAUCUGUUGCCAUCAAGGUGUUGUUAGUGUUUUUUAAAAAAAAGGUACAUUUGAUGUUUAAUAACUUCCCAUGUAUUCAGCAAGCCAGGAUCAGCACAUAAAAAAUCUAAAACUUUU